AUGUUUAAAAGUGAGAUGAAGGCGGACAGUGAGAGGUUGUCGAGGAAGGUUCGAUUCCGCGUUGCAUCCUCGCACAGCGGGAGGGUACUGAAGGAGGUGUACGCCGAUGGGGAGGCUGCCGACUCUCUGGACUCCGAGUACGCCAGUAGCUCAGAGACUGACCAAACCAGCCGGCUGAGUGAAGUGGACGGGCAGCAGAAUGGACACGUAGGGUCUGAAUGCGAUGAAAAUGAGAAUGAGCAGGACGACUUGCUCAUUUUAGUCAGAGCCACUAAAGAGAGGGGGUUUGGUACAAAGCGAGUCAACAUCCUCAGCAAAAAUGGCACAGUCAGGGGAGUCAAGCAUAAAGUCAGCGCUGGUCAAGCCCUCUUUGACAAUUUGGCAAAAGUAUUUCAG